AUGGAGUCUUGUGAGAAAAACAUGGCUUUCAUCAACUCCAAUUUUGAAAACCCUGACCCUAAUGAUUUUGUUUUUCCAGUUGGUUAUCGUUUUUGUCCACGUGAUGACGAACUCAUCACUCAUUAUCUACUCAAAAGGAUCAGGAAUGAAGUUUUACCUCAUGAUAAGAUCAAAGAAGUUAAUCUUUAUAAGUAUAGUCCUUAUGAUCUUGCAGAGAUUUAUGCUGCGCUUGGAGAAAAGGAAUGGUACUUCUUCACUCCAAGAAACAGGAAAUAUCCUAACGGUCAUAGGCCAAAUCGUGCUGCGGGAAGAGGUUAUUGGAAGGCUACUGGAGCUGACAAACCUAUAAUACAUAACAAUGUUACAGUUGGAUUUCGAAAGGCUCUGGUUUUCUACGAAGGUAAACCUCCCAAAGGACUCAAAACAAAUUGGAUUAUGCACGAAUACAGGGUAAAUGAGUCUCGCAGAAUCAAAAUGCAUGCAGCUGAUAUGAAGCUCGACGAUUGGGUUCUAUGUAUGAUUUACAAGAGAUGUACCAAAUCCAAAGACAGUAAGAAGCUGAAGGAGAACGAGCAAGAAGACGAGUUAGAAGACGCUAGCAAAAUCAAUUCUGUUGAGAAUUAUGAAUGGACUAUGGAUUCUUGUCUAAUAGAAUUUGCUAAACGACAGUUUGAGGAUCCAUAUCAGUAUCUUAACAUGUCUGAAAACGUGUCCAUAGAUUGUUACAACAACACUUUCCCAAUUAUCGAUUUCAACGACUUGUACCAGGUUCCUCUCAACAACUUGUACCAGAAUCCUUAUUACAACACAGGUACGACUGAAUCCCAGAACGUUCUUGAUGAUGAUUCUCUUGAUGAUAAGAGCACACAUCAAUAAAGAUUAGAUCAUUUCAUAUUCGAUCAAGUUUAUGUGUAUUGAUUGAUGAUAGCUAGUUAUUUAAUAGUAGAUUGUUGGUUUAGUGUGUAUUUAAUUAAAAAACUUAUGAAGUGCAAGACUGAGUCUAGUUUAUUGAUUAGUCUAGUUUAUUGAUUGAUAUGU